AUCUGACCUGGUUGGCUUUAGUUAGGGCUCCUAUCUGUAAUGUCUGUGUUCUUGUUUGCAAUCGGAGUUAUUAUGUUCUAUUUUUUGUACGUAACGUACGACUCCGACUCUAAGAAGCAGAAUACACGUUCAAGGACUCAAUCUUUUAACUGCAGUCCAUCCGCCAAUACUAAAGACAGAAUUUAUUUCGCUGUACGAAGAUAUUUCUACUCAAUUGUGAACCCUAUUAAUAACAACUAUGAAAAUGGAAAACCAGAUCCAUUUUUGUUUCGUGCAUUUUCUGACAGGUUCCAAACUUUUGAGGAUGUUUCUGGUGCAAUGGUCGAUGCGGGCAUCAAGAAGUGUCAGCUUAUUCUUGGCAUUGAUUUUACUGCCAGCAACGAGUGGCAAGGCAGAGUUAGCAACAGGGGACAGUCGCUUCAUAAUAUCACACAAAAAUUCAAAGCAAAUCAGAAUCCUUACCAACAUGUGAUUACCAUUCUUCAGCAUACCUUGAAAGACAUGGUUGACGCAAACGUUCCAAAACAUCUAAAUUUAAAGGAGCUAUCAGAAGAGGAAAAAAGAAGCAAAAAGCUUCAUGGGAUUCAUGCGUUUGGGUUUGGUGAUUCGGUAACAAAAGAUAUUUCAACUUUUUGUUUACGAGCGGACGGUAUGCCUUGCGGAAGCUUUGAUGAUGUUUUGCAUUGCUAUCGUGAGUGUGCUUCAAAAAUUACACUUGGUGGUCCCACCAGUUACGCUCCGAUCGUGCACAAAGCAAUUGAAAUAGUGGAGCAAACAAAUCAGUAUAAUAUACUGGUUAUUAUAGCAGAUGGACAAUUUGUGGAUGAAGGGCCUACAGCGAGGGCCAUUGUAGAGGCCUCAUACUACCCAUUAAGUAUCAUAGUUGUUGGAGUGGGUGAUGGACCAUGGGAUACCAUGCACCAGUUUGACGACUGGUUACCUGAGCGAAAUUUCGACAAUUUUCAGUUCGUUGAAUAUGGAAAAAUAAUCUCGAACACUUACGAUAAAUCAAAGAAUCCAGAAACAAUGCUUGCUCUGCACAUGCUCAUGGAGAUUCCUGACCAAUAUAAAAUAAUUCAUAAACUUGGUUAUAUGUCGCAGCCCCAUCAUAAUGUUAGCUUAGACUCUAAGGGACUAUAACAAGCAUUUCCAAGUAGUGGAAUGGCUGGUGCUAAAGUUCUUCUUAUAUAACUGUGCCUUAUUUACUUAUUAUGUAAACAAAUCGGCAAGUACUAAAUCGUAAGAGGGAUUCUCCUUUCUACAAAUAACUGUAUAGUUCCUUAAAUAAGUUAGAACAACUAGUUUUGUAAGCUACUUUAUUUAAAUACCCCAUAGUUUUAGUGAUGCUAUAUUUAAUAAGGCUGCUUCUUAUAUCUACUUAGUUUAUAAUGUAAUACCAAAGAUAACCACGCUGUAUUAUAUCUAAUUAAUUAUUGGUUCUCUUUUGCACAUUAAAUUCUUGUUUUUAAAAAUUAUAUUGCUUUGUUUCAAUUCCAGACCAAUAUUAACAUUGUUUCCACGCUACAGUUUCAUAACAUGCUCCCAGAUUACUAUUGUUUCCAUUUUUUGUGUUCCAUGAGAUACCGGAUGCAUAUUUAUAAAUAGUUUGAAAAUUUUUUUUUAUUGUUAAGACAUAACAUUCCCUUGUCCACUGUACUUCGGUUUAUACAAUUAAAAUAUUAUAAAAUAUUUUGGACUUGCACAGUUAUAAGUCAUUUUACUUAUAGCCUUUAAUCAACAGUAAUAAAAUGAAAUUAUGCAAUUUUUAAUCUGCUACUGCUAUAGGCAUUACAAUGCAUUAGUAAGCGUAAUCACAUAAAUCGAGAUAGCAACGGUACCAAAUAUGAUUAUUUCUUAUUAAUUAGAUCAUUUCUAAAUGCUUUUAUUAAUAGUGAUGAAAUUGAAUGUUGAAUUGACACCGUUUUGGUAAUUUUUGUGUUUUUUUUAUUUACAUAACGCAAAACAAUACUAUGUUUCUUUUAAAUACUUGUUCUGUGUGUUAAACUCAAAACUGGCAGGUCCUAAUUAAUUGGAGUAACUUGCGUUCAUACACUUUUGUACUUUAUUUUUGUCUGUUUAUAACUAAAGCUUCUGCACUGUAAAAAUGUAUCUGUUCCCAACAAAUGCUUGCACACUGUUAAAUACAUUGAUUGGAUAGAACUUCUGUGACAAGAACAAAAGAGAAUGUUAGUGUUUAAGUUUCAACUAGUCUGUGUCGUUCAACUUACUAUUUCAAUUUAAGACCUAAUAUAUUACGAGAUUAAUAAAUUACGAUGUAGGUUAACCUACUAUAACAAUGCCCUUGUGAAUUGGAGCAUAUACAUGAAUUUUCUUGUAGUUUGUGUGCACAAAAGUUGUAUGUUUUUGAUAUAAUUACCUGAUGCUGUUACAUCUUUUGUAAUGUGUGAUAUAAGAUGAUGUAUCUUUAUUUAUUUUUAGGGGAGUGUGCUGGCUUAGUUUUAAUCAAUUUAAUGAUCCUGAACCUAUGCUGAGGAUAGUGCUGAAUGUUGAAUCCUUCUAUUGAUGGUAACCAUUCUCAUUUAAAGGUUAUAGUAUGAACACAAGCAAGAUAUGGCAGCGUAUGUUUCACACAUUAGGAGCAGCAUUUAUUGGUUACACUGUCCUAGAUUCAUCCAUACAAAUCUCAGUGUUCAGUGGUCCUUCUAUGGAACCUACCAUACAAGAGAAUGACAUUGGGUUGGUGGAAAAACUUACACCGUAUAAAAAGUUUCAAAGGGGCGACAUCGUCAUAGCUACAUCUCCUGACAAUCCAUCCAUCCAAAUCUGCAAACGUAUAUUGGCUUUGGAAGGUGACCGUAUAACCUCAGAUGGAAGUUAUGCACUUUGGAGAGAAAAACGAGUCGUUCCGCGCGGGCACGUAUGGCUUGAAGGAGACAAUAAGGAUAAUUCAACGGACUCACGGCAGUUUGGCGCCAUUCCUCUGGGCCUCGUGCACUGUCGUUUACUUGCAAAGAUUUCACCGAAAGUCGAGUGGUUGGCAACCUCAAAUAUUCCGGUUGAUUCCAGUUAAAUCUGGUUUCAUCCAGUCCGUCUGGUUUAUCAAGCGACGUGGUUAAAAACGUCAUCUAUACAACUGGUAUUAUUUGCGGAAGAAAUCAAGUGGCGGUGAAGUUCAGCAGAAAGAAAACUGUUUGAGUAUUGCUUUCACUUGGAGUAAUCAGUAAUGGAUAUAUAGUACUGUGGGGUAAGAUAGGUAGUGUUGGCACUCAAAAAUUUUCCAGUCGUAUUUUCGCGGGGCUUUAUACGAAUAUUUAAUUCUGUAAAUAUUCUGUAUUUACUGCCAAAUGGGUACAGAAAAAGAAAAGGGUCUUGUCUAACCUCACUAGUACUGUAUAGUCGUACGUACAUUGUGACGCAAAAUCGUUUCGUGUUGAAGAUAAUAUGAAAAGUUAAGCUUAAGGUGUUUCGAUCAUUUCGUUCUGCUUACAAUUUAAUAUUACAGAUUUUCGAUGAGCAAUUCGAUUCUUCUUAACUUUCAGUCGAAUAUUUUCACCUCGAAUAUUUUGUUGAAAUUCUAGGUAAUACAUAGCAGCGUAUAUAGUUCCCCGACCAAUGGCAUAUUCACCAAACAUUCUAAGAACCAUGUAUAUGCAUCAUGAAAGUGUGUAUAAACCUUCAUGAUGGCGAAGUCUUAUAUACAACUCAAAGUUGCCACACAACUAUAUAGCAGUGCUGGUAUUCUCGGCUAUCGACUCAUAGGUGACAGGCACACAAUAAACUUGGUUCUACAAUGGAAGUUUUCAUUGUUCCCUGAUUGAAUGAAUGACCUUUCCUUAUUUCCUUCCUUAUUGUUGGUUGGGUAACGGUAGUUAAUUGUAACAAGAGAGUAUUCUUUUAUAGGCUAUAGGCAUAACGUGCUUGCUUUUGAGUUACAAUACAAUGUGUGUGGCUUUU